AUGAAGAGAAAGGAUGAAUCCUUUCUCUUCAUUUUCCUAUUUUUAAAAAUUUUUUCCUUCUUUUGUUUUUCUGAUCUCAUUACAUAUUUUUCUGUCGGUCUUUCUUUCUUCCUUUCUCUGCAUAUUUCCAUGUAUUCUUUUCAUUUUUUUUCUUUGCAUUUUUCCUCAUUUUCUAUUACUUGUUUCAACCCCACUUUCUCUCUCUUUCUAACAAUGUUGUUUCUAGUCCUUCGUUUUUCCACAUUUAACAUCUUUUCUUUGUUUCGCUUUCUUUUCUUCUUCCUCUUGUUUCAUCCAUUUUCACUUUCUUUUUCCUUUCAUUACACGUUGUCUAAUGUUUUCUCCUUGAUAAUACCGUUUCUUCAUUUUCUCCAUAUUUCUUUCAUUGUAUUCUUUAUUUUUUUCUUCUACUUCCAUUUUUUUUCAUAUCUAUCUAUCUAUCUAUCUAUCUAUCUAUCUAUCUAUCUAUCUAUCUAUCUAUCUAUCUAUCUGUCUAUCUUCUUAUCUAACAAAGAAAACAAAUUUAUGUCUAUUCAUAUGUAUGUAUGUAUGUAUGUAUGUAUGUAUGUGUGUAUCUAUCUAUCUAUCUAUCUAUCUAUCUAUCUAUCUAUCUAUCUAUCUAUCUAUCUAUAUUUCUUCUUCAUAACCGCUUGCUCUUUGAUUUCUUCUAAUGUCGACGACUGCCUUUUUGCCUCACUUAAUUUUAAUUUUUUCCGCGCUUUCUCUAUUCUCUAUUUAAGUUGGUACUAUUUUCUUCCAUAUUUGUUUCCUUCUUCUUCUUCUUCUUCUUCUUCUUCUUCUUCUUCUUCUUCUUCUUCUUCUUCUUCUUCUUCUUUAUUCACGUAUUCUACUGUGUGUUUUUCGCUUCGCACAAUUUUUCGUUUUUUCGUCAGUAUUUCUGCUUCUAUUUCUGCUUUUUUUCUUUUCAAUAUAUAUUCGUAUUCCCCUCAUUCUUUUUCUCUUAGCUUACAUUCAUUUCUUCUUCUUCAAUAUUCUCCUAUUCAUCUCGUUCUUUUUCUUUUAGUUCAAUCCUUCAUUUUUUUUCCCUCAAAUUCCUUCUUCUUCUUCACACUCUCAUAUAUACUUAAUCUUUUGUUUCUUCUUCACUCAGUUUAA